GUGUCCUUCCUGCUGGGUGGGCUCUAUCGGUAGCAUCCGCUGAGACCGCAGUCCAGAGACAUCGGUGCAUCUGUGAAUCCUCAAGAAAAAGAAACCACCCUGUAGAUAUCCGGACGAUGACACCAUCUCCCCGCGACGCUAACGAAAUUAAACAGUAAUUAAUUCCGUUUGCUUAGAAUUUCACUCCCCGCUCGCCCGCUGCGUCCUGUCCUACGCCGUCGCCUCGUCCUGUCCCACCUCGCCCCGAUCCAUCUGGCUCGCCUGCUGCCGUCUGCAUUUUCCUCGUGCCGACUGUCGUGGGAUUUCCAUCACAAUUGAUUCCCACUUCCUCCUGAUCCGUAGUGCCCCAUCUCGCUGGAAACCCGCCUCCCCUCACGCCGCCAUCGCGCCCUCCUCAUCAUGGCCAACGAAAUCCAGCAGACUAACAAUGACCAUCUCAUUCAAUCGACCGACCCCGAGCACCCGGCCAAUUUGAUCCCGGAGCUCUGUCGCAAGUUCUACAACUGGGGCUGGGUGACUGGCACCGGUGGUGGGACUUCCAUUCGUCGCGGAGAACACAUCUUUAUUGCGCCGUCUGGCGUGCAGAAGGAGUUGAUGCAAUCGCAGAACAUCUUCGUCCUCGAGUACCCCACCCCCAAGUACCCGCCUGAGGAUCGCAAGUACAUCCGCAAGCCGCUCGCUCUGAAGCCCUCGGCAUGCACGCCGCUGUUCCUGGCCGCUUUUGAGCGGGGGGCUGGCUGCUGCAUCCACACUCACUCGCAGUGGGCCGUUCUGGUGACUCUCCUGGUUGAGCGCGAGCUGGGUCCCGGGGGCUACUUCGAGAUUAGCAACAUCGAACAGAUCAAGGGAAUUCCUCGGGGUAAGGGCAAGGGCAUGCUGGGCUUCUUCGACACCCUGCGCAUCCCCAUCAUUGAGAACACCGCUUUCGAGGAGGACCUGACUGGAGCCCUGGAGAAGGCCAUGGAGGAGAACCCCGACACCUAUGCGGUGCUGGUGAGGAGACACGGAAUUUACGUCUGGGGAGACGACGUUGCCAAAGCCAAGACCCAGUGUGAGAGCUUGGACUACCUGUUCCAGCUGGCGGUGGAGAUGCACAAAUUGGGUAUCCCAUGGGUGAAGCAAUAGAGCCGGAAAAGUUCG